GACAGGCUGAAAAAUCCGAGGAGGUGGUUGCAUACUAAUGAACUUGAGAAAGGGGUCAUUUGGGGGGUGUGCGCCUAUGACUGGGACCGGUAUGGACGGGAGGCAGGCAAAGGAGGACAGCGAACCGCGAGCGAGGGAAGGGGAGGCGGUGCACCUGCGCAGGGAGAUCGGCCUGCUGCCCGCCGUGUCCUUCAUCAUCGGCACGGUGGUGGGCAGCGGCAUCUUCAUCGCCCCCAAAGGGGUGCUGAUGAACAGCGGCAGCGUGGGCCUCUCGCUGCUGGUGUGGACGCUGUGUGGCGUGCUCUCCUUGUUCGGGGCGCUGUGCUAUGCUGAACUGGGCACCACUUUCACCAAAUCCGGGGGCCACUACACCUACCUACUGGAGACCCUGGGGCCUCUCCCGGCCUUCUUACGUCUGUGGGUGGAGUUCCUAUUCGUCAGGCCGGCCGUGGCCUCCUAUGUGUCGCUGGCUUUUGGGCGCUACGUGGUGGAGCCCUUCUUUGCCCCCUGUGAGGCCCCCAUGGCGCUGAUCAGAGUGGUCAGCCUCCUUGGAGUGACCUUUGUGGUGGCCAUCAACUGCUGGAGCGUCACCAUGGCGUCUCGCACACAAGUCACCUUGACUUUCAUUAAGACCUUCGCCUUGGUCCUCAUUAUAGUGCCUGGCGUCAUGGCACUGACCAAAGGGAAGACAGACAACUUCCAGAACGGCUUUGAGGUGGAAGCCUUAAGGCUGGACCGGCUGCCGUUGGCCUUUUACAACGGCCUUUACGCAUACGGUGGAUGGUUUUAUCUCAACUUUGUCACCGAGGAAGUCAUUAACCCAAACAGGACCAUCCCGCUUGCCAUCACGUGCUCCAUGGUGACGGUGACCGUGCUCUACGUGCUGGUCAACGUGUCCUACUACACCAUGAUGACCCCCGCCGAGCUGCUGGUGUCGGACGCCGUGGCUGUGACGUUUGCCAACCGUGCGCUUCAGGGCGUGUCUUCUGUCAUCCCCCUCCUGGUGGCGCUGUCCUGCCUGGGCGCCCUCAAUGGGGGCUUCUUUUCAUCCCCCAGGAUGCUGUUUGUGGGGGCCAGAGAGGGUCACUGGCCGCCCAUCUUCUCCAUGAUCCACAUCCGCAGACACACACCACUGCCUGCUGUGUUGCUGCUGUAUCCCUUGGUGGCGCUGAUGUUGAUCAACGGAGAAAUCCAGCAUCUCCUCAGCUUUGCCUCCUUCGCUCGCUGGUUCUUCAUCGCCUUGGCGACGUUGGGGAUGCUCAUCCACCGAUACCGCUUCCCCCUGCAAACUCGACCUUUCAAGGUGCCUCUCGCCAUCGCGGUCACCUUCACCGUGGUCUGCUUCUUCAUCGUGGGCUUGUCUCUGUACUCGGACCCUUGGAACACGGGGCGCAGCUUCGCCCUCACGCUGACCGGGGUCCCCGUGUACUACGCUGUGGUCCACCGCCGCCACUUGCCCCCCAGAUGGAGACGGAUGUUCAAUUACUGCAGCAAGCAGCUUCAGAUCCUUCUAGAAGUGGCUCAGCAGGAGGUGAAGACCUACUGAGGGCACAAAAGAGCACCUGCAAUCUUUUUAAAAGUCCACAAAGAAAGCUAGCAUGUUUUAACAUUCCGGUGUCUAUAAAAGGUAAAAAAAACAAAGUGCAUGGUCACAAAAUACUUUGUAAACAACAUGGAAGGAACACGACAUCCUAUAAAUUGUGUUUCAAAGGCACAGACGCCAACACAUUUAUUCUAUGAUAAACACUUUGGAGUGGUGGGAUUAUUUUGUGCUUGCUGAGUACUGUACUAAUACAACCUUAUUGCUAAUACAGUGGUAUGUGUGUGUAUAUCAUAUGUAGUAGUGCCUUUCUGCCCAUUUUCUCAGUUUUAAAUAUCUUAUUUCUACAAAACCUGCACGUUCCAUUCCAGGACUCAACGGUGGAGGCAUCUCGCUGGCUUUCUCAGCAGCAAAAUUAAAUACAAGAAUGUGCAAAUCAACAUAUAAACAUACAUAUUAUCUCCUCCAAUGACAAAUGAACAAAUAAAAAGUGUCAGUUCUUCCCCAAAAGUAAAAGAAACCUUUCAACUCCAAUUGAAGAAGUCUAAAGGAGACGUAAAUGUUAAAUUGUGUUUCCUGAAAACUUUGCUGGCAUCUUUGCGGUUGGAGCUACUUGAGCUGAGGGAUGAUCUCUGACAGGCUGAUGUUGGCCAGCGCCAGCUCGUCAUCCUCCAGGGCAAAGCUGAAGUCCACCAGGAUCUUGCUCAGGCUGUCGUUCGUAGUGUCCAGGAUCAGGCCCUCGGUGAGCGAGCGGUUGAAGGGUGUGGCGCUGGCGCUUGGUGAGGUGGCGGGGGAGCAGAGGAGGGGCCAGUCCUUGAAGGGUGUGCCGCUCAGGCUGAAGGUGGUGUAGUCGUGCAGGGGCGUGACUGCGGGGCCGCUCGGCGUGCGGAUGGGGCUAAAGUCCAGAACGCUGCGGCCUUGUUUCCCCAAGGGGGUGACCGUCCAAGGCUCGGCCAGGACACCCGAGUGAGGCUUGCUGGGCGUGGACGAGGUGAGGCGGCUGCUGCUGGUUUUAAUGGGGGUCUUGUUAGAGAAGAGCCGGUCGGGGCUGCGAUGCUCCUCCUGCGAGUCCAGGAAGGUGGGCGAGGUGGCAACGCCAGAGUCAAAGUCCGAGUGUUCCGAGUAAACGAGGACGGGCUCGUCGUGCAGGGAGUGGACCAGACGCUGCUUCCGUCUGGACACCUUUGUUUGCCUCUUUGCCAGCGCUCUGGGACUCUUGCGCUUGGCGGGAAGGUCCAGCGGCUUUGCUUUCACCUCCACUCUGGACACGCUGCUAAGUGGAGUGUUGUGCUGGUUGCUUGGUGCCACCUGCUGGUCACAUCAGUCAUCACAUAAUUGACCUUUACUUGAACUCUCCUGCAGAGAAACAUCUAGUCUCACCUUGGGACCCUUUCUUGGCCUCUUAGCUUCAGGCAGGCUGUGACGCAGGGGUGUGUGGGCAGCCAUGGAGGAGGUGCUGACCGGGAGCUGCAUGGGGGCCAGGCAGGAAGGAGUUCGAGGGAGAAGAGGCUUCAUUCGCCUUUCUGCAUGUAGGAAGAGGGGGAAAAAAAAUAAACACCACACAACACAAACAUAUAUAUGUGCACGGCUCAGAUCAAGGGUACCCUUUGCUGUCCUCAAAUUCACUUGAGUAGUAUUUGAAAUUGUUGUUCUAACAAUGUGUACUAUCCCUAUCACUCCGACGUUUAUAGAGUGAGGAAGCUUACCAAACCAUAAAUUAAGCCUGUUCAUGUUUUUAUUUUGCGCUAGCACGGCUAUGUUGUAAAAAAGUGUCUAUAUUUGGACAUUGAAAUGUUACAUGUAAAACAUGUCUACUUUUGUUGUGAAAUUAACAAUAUUUUCUCUGAUAAUUUUGUCAUGAUUUCUACUUAGAAUUAAAGAAUGAUGUCUGAAAUUGGUUUCUAAUGUGUUUUAUUGAAAUAUUCUCAGUGUAAAAAAAAAUAACUGUCGUGUAAUCAUUAGUGAAAAGUACAUAACCUUCGUGUCCGCCUGCCGAUGAAAGUUUAAAAAACAUAAUUCCAUGGAAAAACAAACCCCAUGAUGAUUACAAUGAUAUACAUUCAUGGAAUAAUUACUCAACUCUGCAACUAAAGUGAUUGCUUGUGUAUAAAAGAGUAAAAUAAGAUUAUUUGAACAAAAGUCUAACACACCCAAAUUUCGUGUGCGGCCCGUUAUGUAAGUACACUUCGAGCUCACAGCGUAAAUUGCGUAUUGCUAGUAAAUAUUGAAUUAGAAAAUAAAAAGUGCCUUCUUGGGCCAAACAAAACUUGU